AUUUAGUUCUAUUUUAUUUUUUGUAAGUUUAUUUUUUCUGGGAAAACUGCAUUGUUUAUUUUUUAUACGAGUUUUUAGAAACAUAUGACAUUAGUUCUUCGUGAUUAUUAUCUUUAAAAUAUUAUAUUAGGUACAAUUUGCACUAAGUGAAAAAGCUUUUGGCGAAAUUCAGUACGUUGGCGGAAAUCGUAAAUGCAACCCUUGAAAAAAGGGUUACGCCAUUGUUGAAAAAGAAUCUGAACGAAUAGGAAAUAUCAAUCUUAUCUGUACGAUGAAAGUCGAAGUGAUAUCUUUGUGUAUGGAAAAUAUAAAAACGAUUAUAAGUUGCUAUGUUUUUACUGUUUAUCUGGCACUUCAAGUUUUAUUGUUUCAGUUUAGAAAAAUGAAGUUACAUUGCGUGUGCGAAAGUUGUAGAUUUUGCCGUGAGCCACCAAAAAUGAGUAUUUUUGUUAAGCCUCGUUACCCAUUAUGGAAUAAGUUGUGAAAUUACCCAGUUUACGACUAAACGAAUUUUAACUUGGUACUAUGGCUUCGAUAAUAAUGGAUAUUUUGGACAAAUUGAAAUUACCAGUUAAACGGCCAGAGACUUCUUUACCUAAAUUUACUGGUGCGCAGAACCUCAUGCAAAGUUAUUCUCCAGUGUGUUCAGAAUACAUUCUUUCUGAAGAUUGCCAGGAAUCUCUUUAUGCUGAUAAAGUUUCAUUUUUUAUGAAUAUAUCUCAAGAUUUAACUUCUAAAUUUUCAUCUCCUCACUGUAAUUUAAGUGUGACAGAAAAUUCCAUUCGUCGUUUUCAUCAAGCCUCCAAUAAUAUUCGUUUAAAUCAUAUGAACGAUUUGUGUCGUUCAUUCUUAUAUUCUAGAAACUUUCAUCCUAUAAAGAACGACUUUAGACUUUUCGAUUUUAAUUUAAGUACAGAUUUAAAGAAAGGUCUCAAUAUUUCUCAAUAUUCUAAUCAAGAUCCUGAUAGAAACGCCAGUGUUAUAUUAAAUAAUAAACCCUUAUCCGAUAUUGUGAAGUCUGAACAAGAUUCAGAAAUGAAAAUUGCACAAAAUGGAAUAGUUGUUUCCUUACCAUUAUCAAGUAAUGGUAUGAAUGACAUUUGCACAGUAGACAGUAAAUGCUUUAAUCAAGAGCUUAUUAACCGCAAAACGAAAGAAUUGCAGAAGCGUUCUAAGAAGAGACGACGACGGCAAAAGAAAUGUCGGGAAGCUACCUUGAAUGACUGUGAAAGGACUAUUUCUGAUCCUGUGUUAGCUAAAAAAUCAAUUUCUAGUGAUGAAGUAGAUAGUAUUCCUGCAUGCCUUUUGAAAUCUAGUCAUGUUCCUAAAUCUGAUCAUUCCAAGCAGAGUGGUAGCUUUAUAAUUGAUAUAGUUCCAUUAAAUGAUUGUUCAGGUAAUAAUUUAUUUGGCUCAGAUGUCUCAUCAUUUGUAGUAUCUUUAGAGAGUGUCAGUGGUGAUGAUGAUGAUUGGGAUACUUACGAUAAUUGCGACAUUUUGUCUGAUACAGCAGAGUUCGAACAGUCUGGGCUUUUUGCUAGCAAUUUGUUAUCAAAAUCGAAUGAGAGCUUCAUGCCAUCACAAUGUGAUAUUGUAACGUUUGGUCAUGAUGAUGAAUUAGAAGAACUUAAAAAAUUGACUGCACUUCUAAAUAAAGUAAACAAAAGUUGGAGAAAAGCAACUGCAGAAGUUGAUGAUACACCCAGAUUGCCAAGUAAGGUUUCAUUCGCACCAGAAGCAGAUCUUGUUCAAACAGUACCAGUAGAGUACUGUGAAAGAAAAGGUGAAUGGGAAAUGUAUGCCUCAGAAAGACUUCGUUUCAAAAGGAAAAUAGAAGAUCUUGAAAAAGUGCUGUCACCUUGUCUCUCUAGCAUUCAUAGAGCUAAAAUAUUUUCCAGAUUGCAGCAAUCAGAGUUAUGAUAAUGCUUUUAGUAAUGUUAAAGAAUCAAGACACAUACAGUUAAAAUAAAAUAUCAUCUAUGUUAACCCUCCAAGCAGCUUAACAAUUAUUUUUUAACAAUAUAUAAAGCUCAGUUGUUUGGAGGGUUAACCCUUUAGCGCACGCAAUAUUAUUUUUAUAAUUUUUUUUAAUUAAAAACUGUAGAAAUUAAAUAUUAUGAUCGUAGAGACAAAGAAUAUAUGAAUUUAAAAAAAUCUACCCUUGACCAUUGUUCUGUGAGUCGCACUGUGAAACCGCCACGUGUCUAGGACUUUGAAACUUAUUGAGGUAGUAGGGGCGGGUAAAAUAAACUUUCUCCGAGUGAAUUUCCAAUAAAUGAUGAAAAUUACAAAUUUUAAAAAAAUGUAUGUAAGAAUUGCAUUAUAUAUAAUUUUUUUACAUUAUUUUACGAAGUAAAUCAUCGGAAAAAAUUU